GUUUUAUUUGCCAUUAAGCAAUUAAGACUACUUGUUAUACUCACCUCUGUCUUCAGGUGAUUUUUGAUCCAAUCUUCAAGAUAUCUUUUAUUGACUAACGACUUUUUAUACUGAAUAUUCCUGAAUUCUUUGCAGUCGAUACAAACCAAAAGGCAUAGAAAUCGAAUUUCUGUGUUGUUAUGCAAUUUGUUGUGAUAAUGUACUUCUAGACUGCCUAGUCACAACAGUUUGAAAUGACAUGGCUUCCGAAGUUUUCGACGAAUCAGCCAACAUCCUGAUGGUAAACGGUGCUGUUGAUCGUUAUGGAUUCUUCGAAGGUGAACAAUUCUGCGAAACAAACACGCGGAAACUUUCUGAAUCCUCUUUGAAUAAAAUACGCCGAAAAGAAUUGAAAUGGCAAAAUAUGCUGACUGAAUGGGAUAAAUGGAUGUAUUAUAAAACAGAUCGGGUGAGAAAUCAAUGUCGAAAAGGUAUUGCACCGGCUAUACGUUCAAGAGUGUGGCAGUAUCUCUGUGGAAGCCAUAGAAUAAUGCAGAUGGAACGUGGGAAAUAUCAGGUACUUUUGAGAAUGUCGGGUGAUCCAAAGACAAUUUCACAAAUCAAAUUAGAUGUCGACAGACAGUUGCCUAAUCACGUACUUUUUGCUACAAGCCAUGGUAAUGGAAAAGCAUCUCUGUUCAACGUACUCAAAGCAUAUUCACUGCUACAUCCUGCUACUGGCUAUUGCCAAGCUCAAGCACCGAUUGCUGCAGCGUUACUUAUACAUAUGCCAGAAGAGGAUGCAUUUUGGACCUUUGUCUGUUUAUGCAACCGAUAUAUGACCGAUUAUUUUAAAUCAGAUCUUGUACGUGUCAAAAUUGAAUUGAACAUGUUAUUUGAAUUGGUGAAGAAAUAUCAACCAGAUAUAUACCAUCACAUGGUGAAAUGUAAUACAGAGCCGGUAUAUUUUGCUAUUGACUGGUUCAUGUGUUUGUAUACACGCAAUUUGCCAUGGUCUACAGUCCUCCGUAUAUGGGAUAUGUUCUUCUUCGAAGGUGUGAAGGUUUUAUUUCGUAUUGGACUUUCUAUAUUUCAACUUUUACUGGGAGAUUCGAAUUCAAGAAGAAGAUUGAAUUCAAUGGAUAAAUUAAUGGAAUCUUUACGUAAUCUACCUAAAAAUAUAGUCGGUGAACAUGUGCUUAUUAAUCAUACGUACGUUAUUACCUAAACAAAUAUUACCACGUAGUUAUUCAACCAAUAACUGUUUAAUCAGUAUUGAAAUCUAAAUCACAUGAAAUAGAUAAACUGACAAACGAUAAUAACUUAGUAUAACAAACAAAUAGUCCUAUCUACGCUGGAAUGUUAUGCUCUCCUUCCUGGAUAGAUCACGUAUAAAUUGUUUCAAAGAUAAUACUUAAUUUCUUUAUAACACGGAAUGUUUUCAUUGCUGCAAGAGUGCUUCAAUUCAUAAUCCAAAACGAACAAUUUCAGUCAAUUAAAGCAACACAAUCAGAAAUGUGAGCGAAUCAAUAUGACAAUGGCCAUGACCAAGUAUAAACUAAAAUAACAUAGAUGUAGUUCAAGAAAAACAUAGAAAUUCAGUGAAGACGUAAGGAAAAAAACUACAAUAAAAUACAAAUGGUACCAUCUCAAAUGGAAUCAAAAGGUUGACGAAAUGAAAAUCUGGAAGAAUCAAGAAGAAUGUUACAUCAGUGUUCAUUUCGUUAUACAUUUAUCACUAAACAAGAACUUGUAAAACUGUAUCGAACACAACUAAAGUCUAUUGAGUUAAUAUCAUCAUCUUCAUCCUAAUUUCUAUGUCUUAUUCAUUUGAAUUAUGCUUCGAUUAAUCGAUGAUUUUGUUUCUUCUAGUGGAAAUCACUCUGUUCUUUUUCUUCUUCAGAAUUUACUUUUGCAAGUGUCAUAUUUCACUUAAAUUCAUAUAACACUGUUUAACUGCUUAAAUUCUAAUCCUUUUUUCAUUUUGUUUUGUACGUACAAUCAUAGGAGUGAAAUCAUUUAAGCAUAAACUCCAUAUUUUGCUAGUUCUAUUAUGACUUCUUUAAAAAGAGCCCUUGUCAUUUGAUUUGAUAAUUUUAAACUUUACAUUUACUUCAUUAAUUAAUGUAUCUCUGGUUAAGAUCACUGACUUUCAAUUCUUUUAUGCCUUCACGAAAAAAUGUGUAAAUUUAUUUGUUCAUAAAACAUUUGCUAUCAGUUUUACUUAAUAAUUUUUGCUUGUCAUGCUGCUGAGUAAUAACCAAGUAAUCCGACUGUCAUCCAUUUAUAAGAUUAAGUCUUUUGAAAGAAAUGAUCAAUCGGUCAUUACAUAUUAAAACUCGGUUAUUUUCUUUUACCUUAAAUGCAUUUUGUACAAAUAGUAAAUUAGGCUAUUUUUUACAUCAAUUAAAUACUAUGAAAAGCUUAACUAUAU